CUCGCUACAUACUAUGUAUCAUGGGUUACUUCGGGUUUGUUCUGGUCUAUUGUCUGCGUGUUACGGUCAGUAUUGGCGUGGCGGCCAUGGUGAAUUCGUCGUAUGCUCCACCACGUGACAUCAAUGCGAGCGGUGAAUACUGCGAAGAGCGAGGCGCCAAUGGCAGUAUGCGACAGGAGGAUACUGGAGAAUUUGACUGGGACAGCGAAACCCAGGAGUUCAUCCUGGCUGGCUUUUUCUAUGGUUACAUCUUCACCCAGCUUCCAGGUGGGUGGCUUGCGGACAAGUUUGGAGGAAAAUAUAUUUUCGCUUUAGGUGUUCUCAGUACCAGCCUCUGUUCGCUAGUGUUUCCCGUAGCUUCCUACGCCGGAGCUGGUGUCGUCUUUGCCACGAGGGUCGUUAGCGGUAUUGGAGAAGGUGUCACAUUUCCAGCUAUGUUUUCGAUGUUCAGUAAUUGGGUCCAUCAAGAAGAGAGAAGCAGGUUAGCAGUCAUUACUUUCUCAGGGUCAUGUCUUGGUAACAUUCUGGGUCAAGCGAUCUCCGGUGUGACUGCAUCAUCAGGAUUCCUAGGAGGAUGGCCUUCACCUUUCUACAUAUUCGGAAGCACAGGAUUAAUUUGGUUUGUAGCGUGGUUAUGUCUGGCAUAUAAUACACCUGCCGAGCAUCCUAGAAUAUCCAUGGCUGAACGAAAGUAUAUUGAGUCGGGAGUAACUCAAAAAUCGAUUUCCAAAGUGAAAGUGCCAUGGGGGAAGAUUUUGACCUCCAUGCCCGUUUGGGCUCAAGUAGUGGCUCAUAUGACGGCCUGCUGGGGGUACUUCACACUCCUGACCAACCUACCAAUCUACAUGAACGAUGUGCUGAGAUAUGACUUAACAAUGGCUGGUGUGCUAUCGGCUGUACCGUACGCCGUUCAGUGGGUUACUAUGAUUAUAGCAGGACAAGUGGCUGAUUAUCUUAUUAACACUGGAUACCUGUCUCGAACAGCUAUCAGGAAAAUAUUUGUGUCAACAGGACUCUUCGGAUACGGCGUUACACAGGCUCUGGUCGCCCUUGUCGGUUGCAAUGGUGCCCUCUCCGUCACAUUCAUUUCACUUGGUCUUGGCAUCCUUGGUAUCGCAUUCUCGGGUUACUUGCCGAACACACUCGACCUGGCCCCCGCCUAUUCGGGUAGCAUCGGAGGCCUGGUGCAGAGUUCCGGACCCAUCUCGGGAAUCCUCGGGCCUUACCUCGUUGGGGUUUUCACUGAAGACCAGAGAAACUUGCAGGGGUGGCAAUAUGUGUUCUACAUUUCUUUUGGAGUAACCACGUUUGGAUCCCUUUUCUACCUCAUCUUUGCAUCUGGAUAUGAGCAACCAUGGGCUUCAAAUAAUGAUACAUCCAAACAGGAACAUAAACGGGGUUAUGAAAAAAUUUGAACGAUAUUCCUUUUGGUAGUGAAAGGAAUCUAGAAAUGUUUUAUGUUUAUUUUUAUAUUUUGCUGUUCUUCUGUUAUCUUUGUUCUCGUUAUUUUUCUCUCUCUUUCUCACAUAUGAACACACAUAUACAUAUAUUGCGCUUGUUAAGUGCUCCUUUCGUGUGUUUCUGGUAUAAGCAUAUAUAUCUACUAAAUGUAUGUCGAUAUAUGUAUAUCCACACAUACACACACCCACACACACGCACAUAUACCUAAAUCCUUGUACACGUUGCACACGAAGCGUCAUUUUGAUUCAAGUCAGUGAUUGUACUUAUCAUUUUGCUUGUACAAUGUCAUAAUAUAGCACGUCAAAGACUGGGCAAGUUGCUGAUACAGUCUUACAUCAGGCAAUCAUGCUCCAAACAUGCGUUAUGUUAGUACUUUACUCAGUCCGGCCAACAUAAACGAACAUUAUAUAAUCCUUUUUUUUUUAGGUUCAUGCGCCAUAUACAGUGCCAUUGUAUUGUCAGUUUGUAAUUUUUUCCAGUAAUAAAAUAACCCUGGUUUGGGAGCAAAAUUCAA